AUGCGACCAAGCUACGCCUUCAUGAUCAUAGUUACUGCUCUCUUUGGAAGCGCCGAAACUGCCGAGGCGGUGACCAAGCCGACCAAGCUCUCUCAAGCGGCCACUGCGGAUCUUAUCCAGCCCGAUGGCGUGAUGGUGAAUGCUCUCCCAAGCAAGCGGCGCCAUAGAACUGCCAAGGGUGUGGAGCUGAACCAAGAGGUCGAGGAGGAAAGAAUCCUCGAGAGGCUGAAGACCUUUCUGCUGCAGAGCUUCGUGAAAAAAAUGCAGGGGGGGGGGGGUCAUCUCCCUGGUAGCUACGUGGAAAAAUUGCUGAACAGCGAGGUGGCUCGCACAAAUGCUUUUAAGGACAUGGCUAAGCAGGGCACGACGGUGGAACAAUUUGGUGCGCUGCUGAACCUUCAGAAGGCGAACCGUCAGCGGUUGAAGGAUCUGUAUGCGGAUUAUCUAGUCAGAAACCCGUAG